CAAAAAAAGAUAAAUCACCUGAAUCAGGCAAAAGAGCAUCGCGAAGAACAAACCUCAAUCAUCAUCAUCUCAUAAUCCUCAAUCAAAACUCUCUCUCUCUCUCUCUCGCAGGGACUUACGUACGGUUCAUAAGCGCUCAAAUAUUCACAACAACAGGCUCUUCUUCCUCAACUCUUUCUUCAUAUUUUGUUUCUUUAAUCUAACUCUUUGUCUUGCAGGCUUUGAUUCUUUGUUUUAGUUUCAACAAUUUUUUUUGUAGGGUGUUGUACUUUCUCUCUCACUGUUUCUUUAUUGUCUAUUUCUCUCUCUAUAUAUAUUUUUUGUCGUUGGUUGUGUUAGAGUUAUGGAUGCAGGGUCUGUGAAUUCUUCUCCUUCUUCUUCUUCUUCUACAAGUAGAUACUUGAAGUCGCAGUCUCGGUUCCCUCUUCAGGAACAAUUUCUUCAGAGGAAGAAGCCCAGAGAAAACUUGGAUAGGUUUAUUCCAAACCGAUCAGCAAUGGAUUUUGAUUACGCGCACUACAUGCUGACAGAAGGGAGGAAAGGCAAAGAGAUUCCACCUGCAAGCUCGCCCUCCAGAGAGGCCUACAGGAAGCAUUUGGCAGAGACCUUCAACAUGAACAGGACUAGAAUUCUUGCUUUCAAGGACAAACCCCCCGCUUCAGUCGAGUUGUUCCCGCCCCAUUUCUUCUCUUCUGCGCCCCAGGAUAAGUCUGCCAAGCCCCGGCGACACAUUCCUCAGACUUCUGAUAGAACAUUAGAUGCCCCUGACAUAGUGGAUGAUUACUAUCUGAAUUUACUGGAUUGGGGGAGCAACAAUGUUCUUGCAAUUGCUCUUGGAAAUACAGUUUAUCUCUGGGAUGGUUCAAAUGGCUCUACUUCAGAACUUGUCACUAUUGAUGAUGAAGAUGGCCCUGUCACAAGUGUUAACUGGGCUCCUGAUGGCCAGCACAUUGCCAUUGGCUUGAACAAUUCUGAAGUACAGUUGUGGGAUUCAACAGCUAAUCGACAGCUAAGAACUUUGAGAGGUGGCCACAGAUUGAGAGUUGGAUCACUGGCAUGGAACAAUCACAUCCUUACCACUGGAGGAAUGGAUGGUCUGAUCAUUAACAAUGAUGUAAGAGUUAGAUCACAUAUUGUCGAAACCUAUAGAGGUCACGAGCAAGAGGUUUGCGGGCUUAAAUGGUCACCCUCAGGCCAGCAAUUGGCAAGUGGAGGCAAUGAUAAUCGCCUAUUCAUAUGGGACGGAUCAAUGGCAUCUUCAAAUGCAGCAACGCAGUGGCUUCACAGACUUGAAGAGCACACAUCUGCAGUGAAAGCUCUUGCUUGGUGUCCUUUCCAGAGCAAUUUGCUAGCCUCUGGUGGAGGUGGAGAUGAUAGGAGCAUAAAGUUUUGGAAUACUCAUACUGGUGCAUGCUUGAAUUCUGUGGACACUGGCUCUCAGGUGUGUGCUUUAUUGUGGAACAAGAAUGAGAGAGAGCUGCUUAGCUCUCACGGGUUUUCUCAGAACCAGCUCACUCUUUGGAAAUACCCAUCAAUGGUGAAGAUGACAGAGCUCACUGGUCAUACUUCAAGAGUUCUUUUCAUGGCUCAGAGCCCAGAUGGUUGCACAGUGGCAACGGCAGCAGCAGAUGAAACACUUAAAUUCUGGAAUGUCUUUGGGGCCCCGCAAGCGGCAAGACCUGCUCCAAAAGCAAAUCCUGAGCCCUUUUCCCAUAUAACUCGUAUCAGAUAGAUGUAAAUAAAAGCUCCAGAUAUCAAAAUUGUCUCUGCAAACGCUAAUUGGAUAUUCCCUGUGGGCAAAGCUGCAGCCGAGAGAAUUGCAAGGCAAAGAGAUGCAACAUCAGAUGAUUCAGAGGACUCUGGAAUCGACAGCUAAUAUAUUGUCUCUCUGCAAACUCUGAUUGGAUAUAUGCCAUAUGCAUACAUCAGUUAUUUUGGCUGAUAAGGGGAGCAGCUGCAGCCAAGAGAAUUGCAAGGCCCCGGCCAGCUGAGUGGUUCUAAGGUGCAAAGCAGUGCACUUAAAGUUCACUCUAGUAGACUUAUGAGUGAUAAAUAUGCUUAUAACUAGUAAGCACACAAGCAGUGUGCUUUGAGUCUGUAUAAACUACCUUUAUACUGGGGCCAGUUUGGUAGUGGUGUUUAAAAUAAUGCGAAAACUGUGGUAUAGAACUAACUUUAAUUGGACCAGAAAAUAUUGUAGCACAAGUAUUUAUAUUUUGAAUUAACAACAAAAGAGAGGAACAUACAUGCAUGAGUCUCUCAUAUGGAACCUGUAACAGGAGGAGUAUCCCCAGAGUUGCUGAGCCAAAUUUUGCUGGGAGCUCACCUUUGUCUGCAAAUAGCUAUAUUAGAAAUUCAAUGAAUAGCAAAUACAUUGACACAAGUU